AUGAAGAAAAGCAGAGGUCGGACAGGUCGAAAGAGAAAAAGAAAACACUUGAAGAGUUUUAUGGAUGGAGUCAGCUGCAGUCACAAGCUGGAAUAUAUUAAACUUAAGAAGUGGCUAAAAGAGAGACAAUUUGAGGACAGUAAUUUAAGGCCAGCAGAGUUCUGGGAGACAGGGAGAGGAUUGAUGACAACAAAAGCUCUUCAGACAGGAGAUCUGAUUAUUUCCUUGCCAGAGAAGUGUUUGCUCACCACAGACACCGUCCUCAGCAGCUGCUUGGGAGGACACAUUGUGAAAUGGAAACCCCCCGUGUCUCCUUUGCUGGCACUGUGCACGUUUUUGAUAGCAGAGAAACACGCUGGGGAGAAAUCCCCAUGGAAGCCCUACCUGGAUGUUCUACCCAAGACUUACACUUGCCCUGCUUGUUUGGAGCCUGAUGUAAUAAAUCUACUCCCAAAACCCUUAAAAAAGAAGGCUCAGGAACAAAAAAUUAUGAUCCAAGAGCUGUUUAGGUCUUCCAAAGCUUUCUUCUCCUCCUUGCAGCCUUUAUUUGCUGAGAACACAGGAACUAUUUUUAAUUACAGUGCUUUGGAGUGGGCUUGGUGCACUAUAAAUACCAGGACAAUCUACAUGAAACAUCCACGCAGGGAAUGUUUCUCCCUGGAACCAGAUGUUUAUGCAUUGGCACCAUAUUUAGAUUUAUUAAACCACAGCCCAAAUGUUCAGGUGAAAGCUGAAUUUAACGAGCAGACGAGGAGCUAUGAAAUUUGGACAAAUUCACAGUGCAGAAAAUACCAGGAAGUUUUUAUCUGCUAUGGACCUCAUGAUAAUCAGAGGCUGCUGCUGGAAUAUGGAUUUGUUGCCAUGGACAACCCUCACAGCAGCGUUUAUGUCUCACCAGAUACUCUCAUCAAAUAUUUCUCACCACUGGACAAGCAGAGAAAGGCCAAAGUUUCCAUUCUAAAGGAUCAUGAUUACCUAGAGAACCUGACCUUUGGAUGGGAGGGACCAUCCUGGAGACUCCUCACAGCCCUCAAGGUGCUGAGUCUGGGAGCAGAUGAAUUUGCCUGCUGGAAGAGGAUCCUGCUUGGUGAUGUCACUUCAGCCAGGAAUGAGCAGCAGGCUUUGGGUACAGCAGCAAAAAUUUGUCAGUUUUUAAUAGAGGAGACCCAGCAUGUCCUUCUCCAGAUCUCCCAGUUGAAAAGGGACAAAGAGAACCUCAAACCCCACCUGGCUUUGGUGGAAAUGCUGCGCUCAGAAGACCUCAAGAUCCUUGAAAAAUCAGCUGAGAUUCUUUGCAACUUGAAUUUAGGAACAAUUUGAGCCCUCUGGAGCUGUGCCAGAUUUUAUUGGUCAGGGAUUAUUGACAGAUUAUUACUCUUCUAAUGGACCUGAGCAAAGAAUACUUUCAAAAUUCACCAGAAUAAUUUUGUUCUUUGCUGACCUUCACACAAAAGGCUCUGCUGAAGUGGAGAGCUCCUUGGUUUGGAGAAAAGAGAAUUUUUAUAAAGGGAAUUUCAGGGCAGGACCCUUACUUACAGAAACUUCAUUUGGAAUUGUUUUUCUCUUGUGAUUAUUUUCCAUGAUGUGAUUUU